CGUAUUCAAAGUGAUGCAAAUUGUUUUAUUUAAAAAAAAAAUUGCAAAUUGUUCAUCUUCUUCAGUUGUAUUCUUCACUCACAAACACAAUCAGCCAAUUUCACCUGCCCCAUCAAAUCCAACGCCUGAAAUCCUCUGAAAUUCCUGCAUAAAUGAAGCAAAAAACAUGGCCAUUUCGAUCCGACGGUUCUCCUUUCACCGCUCUUCCCCUCGCAAAAAACCACCCAAUCUCCAAACAAUUUUCAGCAAACCACCAUUUCACCAAAUCCCACUUUCUCGACCGUCCGAUCAAGGCCCGAAUCACCUCCUCACCGUCCGAUCAUCACCACCGCGACUUCUCAUCCCUACCUUACGAUCUCCUCAACAAAAUAGCAUCUGGGUUUUCUCACCGGGACUUAAACGCAGCGUCUUUGGUUUGCAAGUCAUGGAACGACGGGUUGAAGCCGUUGAGAGAGGCGAUGUUGUUGUUGAGGUGGGGUAAGCGGUUUAAACAUGGUCGGGCCGGAGUUCGGGCCAACUUGGAGAAGGCGUUGGAGUCUUUCUUGAAAGGCGUGGCCUGUGGGUCGAGCCUUGCUAUGGUGGAUGCGGGUUUGGUUUAUUGGGAAAUGGGCCGAAAAGAAGAUGGGAUUGCUUUGUAUAGAAGAGCUGCUGAGCUUGGUGAUCCUUCUGGUCAGUGUAAUUUGGCUAUUGCUUACUUACAAGCUGACUUUGCAAAUCCUAAGGAAGCUGUCAAGUGGUUAUUGCAAUCUGCCUCUGCUGGCCAUGUACGUGCUCAGUACCAACUAGCACUGUGUUUGCAUCAUGGGCGUGGGAUUGAGCGAAAUCUACCAGAAGCUGCUAAGUGGUACCUCAGGGCUGCAGAGGGUGGAUAUGUUCGAGCUAUGUACAAUGUGUCACUCUGUUAUUCAGUUGGCGAAGGGUUUGCCAAAAGUCAUCCACAAGCAAAGAAAUGGAUGAAGCGGGCUGCUGAUCAUGGUCAUAGUAAAGCACAAUUUGAGCAUGGACUUAAUCUUUUCUCUGAAGGGGAGUUGCCAAAAGCUGUUGUCUAUCUGGAACUUGCUAGUCGUGCAGGGGAGACUGGUGCCUCUCAUGUGAAGGAUGUCAUUGUGCAACAACUAUCAGUUACUUCACGUGAUCGUGCUAUGCGUCUUGCUGAAAAUUGGCGCCCAUUGCCUUCAUCGCGCUGACCAGAAUUUAUAGAUGACAUGUAAAAUCCCCCUCCCUUGUCUCCCCAGUUGCUCCCUUCUGUGGGUAGCUAUAUCUCAUUUUUCACACUUGGACAUUGAGGUCAAUCAUGAAAGCUGUUGCAACUCAAAUACUAGUGCAUGUUCUUUCAUACUCCCCCAAUCCCUUAUUUUUUGCCCCAUUUGACUUUUAA